GUGAUCAGAGAAUGAGAGUAGCGUGGUUUCCUAUGGCUUCCGGUGUAUUCCUCAACGGACUCCGGCUGCGUUUAUCUUGCUCGGGAUGCCGGAAGCCGCCGGAAUCCAUGCUUCCUUUUCUCCGCGGAGCCAUACCUUAUGGGAGACAUAUUAUCAACGCAAUAUCUCCUUCAACAUUACAGCAUCAACUUUGUCUUCAAACCCAGUGGUUUUCUAUGAGGUACGCUAACUCAAACGCCUCAAACGGGAAUUCUUUCACUGUCUCUUAUCUCAUUGACACCUGUGGCUUCUCACCCCAAGAAGCUGAAGCAGCUUCUAAGCGCGUCAGCUUCGAAACGAGAGAGAAGCCAGAUUUGGUUAUCAAGUUCCUGAAGAGUCAUGGAUUCUCACGGCUCCAGAUUCUUCAUUUCAUUAAAUCGGUUCCAGAAUUCCUUCGAUUUGAUCCUGAGAAGACCUUUAUGCCCAAGAUUGAAUUUUUCAAAUCCAGAGGCGUUUCGAGCUCGCACAUCCCUAGGCUUGUGUGUAAUUGUCCUAAUAUCAUGAGAAGAAGCUUAAGUAACCACCUCAUUCCUUCCUUCGAUUUCCUUCGAGAUUUGCUUGGAUCUGAUGAGAAGCUCGUUAAAGCUCUUCAAUAUUGCUCGGCCAUUCUUGUUGAUUCUAAAGCCUCUGUGUUGCAUAAAAUAGAGCUACUGCGAGAAGCAAGAGUUCCUCAAUCAAAUAUCAUCAAAUUUUUGCAGUUUUACAGUAGAUCAUUGGCUUAUAGUACUGGUCGAUUUAAGAAGAUUGUGGAGGAAGUGAAAGAACUUGGUUUUGAUCCUUGGACGUUUCAAUUUCUUAUGGCUGUUCAUGUAUCCUUAUCCUCAAAAGAAUCCGCACGGGCUAAAAAGGUUUAUGUUUAUAAGAAGUGGGGUUGGUCUGACAAUGACAUUCUUGCAGCAUUUAGAAGGCUCCCCAUCUGUAUGACUCUGUCAGAAGAUCAGAUUGAUGCAAAAUUAGAGUUUCUUGUCCAUAAAUUGGGCUGUAAUCCUUCCAUGAUUUGCACAUAUCCUAAUGUUUUGGGAUAUAGUUUGAAAAAACGAAUUGUUCCAAGAGGUGCUGUCCUUCAAGUUCUGUUGUCAAAGGGGCUGUUGAAAAGCGAAACUUUGCUCGCAAAAUUUGCGCUUACUGAAAAGGACUUUUUAAGGAGGGUUGUCCUUUGUCAUGUGCAAGAAGAAGCUAGUGAGUUAAUGGAGUUGUAUCUCACAAAACUGGAUCAAGCAAGGUGAAUGAAGAAUGGAAAGGUUUUAAGCUUGGACAUAUCUCCACGUCAAGUCAAUGAAGAGCUUCCUGUACACUGAAAUCUCUACACCAUUCGAACAUGAUCUUAUGUUUUAAAGAUUAUCUAUAGUAAGAUCCCAUUUAAACAUUGUUUUAGUUUCUUAAAGUAAGUCGCUAAAAUGUGCUAAGAAUGAGGGGUGGCCAUUAGCUGGGGGCGAAAAACAAAAAACUGCCCAUCUUAAUCUCACUGGCCUCUGGUUGUUGUGGACUGUAUGCAUGUGAAGUAAGAAAAGUGUUGGAGAUCAUGAACCAUCAUCUCAUAGGUUCUGACAUCAUCUAUCUUUUCCUUUA